AUGGAACCGCCAGGCUCCUUCUCGCAGCUCACCUUUGCUGUAUCCAUCAUAGCCUCCAUCACUGGAAGCUUUGUUGCCCUAUCGCCUCCCAAUCCAUCCACGAGCACCACUCCGCGAACUGGAGACCUGCUCCGGCGCGUUGGGAUCACGAGUAAGCAUGCAACCAAGAUCGCCCUGGCACCUGUAGGCCUUCUCGCGCUUCACGCCUCAGCACUCGCCCUCUACGCACCGGAUAUCCCACGUCGUCUCGUCGGCUAUGGCGGCGAGAACGGGCUCAACAAAGAGCUAAUCACCUGGUCGGCGUCAACGUCGGUCCCCAUCUGCCUCAUCCUCCUUGUUGGCGUUCCUCUCCGCCUCACGUCCUACUCAUAUCUGGGGACCAACUUCACGUUUGCCCUUGCGCAGCCGGAUCGCCUCACCACGACGGGCAUCUACAGAUACGUGCAGCACCCGAGCUACACCGGCCUUUUCGCCAUCAUGAUUUCCACAAUCGCGUUAUUCGUUCGGUUCGAUGGCGCCGUGUGCUGCUGGAUCCCGCCGUCCCUGUAUCCAACCGCGAGAAGGCUCUGGUUCAUCUCUGUGCCCGUGGUGCUCGCUGCUGGUCUGCUCGGCAUCAGGACGCGUGUUAGGCAGGAGGAGGACAUGCUCAAGGAUACAUUUGGGAGGAAGUGGGAAGAGUGGCAUGCGAGGACUCCGAGAUUCCUACCAUGGUUAUUUUAA